CUUCAUUCAAUCUUUCAGCCCUUACUACUAUAUCUGUUACAAAGAGGGAGUAUAAACCCUAAUUUCUUCCUCUUGCAGGUUUUUUUUCAAGAAUAUGCUUCGCAGCUUAUUUCUAAAUUUGUUGAGCUUUUUUAGUGGAUGAAUAGUUAGAAGAAACUGUUGCACAAUUUGGGUUCUGUUUAGAAUUUUGUAUUUUCAGUGAAAGUUUGAAUUUUUAAUUAGUAACUGAAGGCACUGCACAGAACGAUGAAGAAAGGUGAGAGGUUUUUUGAGAACCAAGAAGACAAGGCUAUGUUGGAAUCUGUAUUAGGUACUGAAGCUGUUACCUUUUUUAGCUCAGCUGUUUCCAAACAUGUCUUUUCCGAUGUUGUUGUUCCGCCUAAUAUGGAUUUGGGUAUCCACAAAAGGUUGUGUCAUCUUGUUAAGGGUUCCAAGUGGAGUUACGCGAUUUUGUGGCAGGUUGCAGGUUUGAAAUCUGGUGGCUAUGUAUUGAAAUAUGGUGAUGGACACUGUGAGGAUCUUAAAGUGGAUAAAAGGAAUGAGAAGGAUGGGGAGAAAGAUGAUUUCAGGAGGAAGGUUUUAGGGAAGCUUCAUGCAUGUUGGGGUGGAUCUGACUCGAUUGAGAAUGUUUAUAAGAAAUUGGAUAACGUCUCGGAUUUGUAUAUGCUUUACUUGACCUCAGUGUAUUAUGUGUUUGGUUUUAAUUCUCAGUAUGGUCCUGGAAAUUCUUUUAAGUGUGUUAAACCAUCUUGGGCUGCUGACGCUGGUAGUUGUUCGAACCAGUAUGAAUCGAGGUCAUUUCUGGCUAAAUCGGCUGGUUUUCAAACUGUGGUUUUUGUACCUCUCAAGACCGGGGUUGUCGAGUUUGGUUCGAUGGAGUUGAUGCCUGAAGAGCAGGGUUUUUUGGAUUUGGUCAGGACAACAUUUGGGGAAUCUAGUUCUGGACAGGCUAAGGUAGUACCCAAGAUUUUUGGGCGUGAGUUAAGUCUGGGGGAUGCAAAAUCUCCGUCUAUAACUAUUAGUUUCUCGCCGAAGGUGGAAGAUGAAUCUGGUUUCACUUCUGACUCUUACGAAGUACAUACGCUUGGGGCAAACCAUGCUUAUGGUAAUUCUUCCAAUGGGGGUGUAGGAGACAGUACUGAGGCAAAAAUGUUCCCUCAGUUAGGUCAAAUGGUUCCUGGGAACUUUACUUCUCAAGCAAGAGUUUCUUCUGCAGAUUUGGGUAACGAAGAGUCUUCCUCGCCUCUUGCAGACGAGCGGAAGCCGAGAAAAAGAGGGAGAAAGCCUGCCAAUGGACGAGAGGAACCGCUGAAUCACGUUGAAGCCGAGAGGCAAAGACGGGAGAAGCUUAACCAGAGAUUCUAUGCCUUAAGAGCUGUUGUUCCCAACAUUUCCAAAAUGGACAAGGCUUCUUUGCUUGGCGAUGCUAUCACCCAUAUCACUGAUCUCCAGAAGAAGAUCAAGCUAUUGGAAACCGAAAAAAACAUGGUAAACAAUAAGGGCCAGCAGUUGUCGUUUCAAGAUAUCGAUUUUCAGGCUAGACAGGACGAUGCGAUUGUGAGAGUGAGCUGUCCCAUGGAUAUUCACCCGGUUUCUGGAAUUGUGAAAAUAUUCAGAGAGCAUCAAAUUGUAGCUCAAGAGGCCAAUGUUUCAACUGCACAGGAUAAGGUAAUUCAUACAUUUUCCAUCAGAACUCAAGGAGGUGAAGCAGCUGCUGUACAGUUGAAAGAAAAGCUUGAAGCAUCGUUAUCCAAAAAUUAAUGGUGAAAGUAUAGUUAUUAUGUAGUGUAUAUCUCAAUGCAAACUAUGGUUGUAUGGUUUUUUAUGCUAGCUGACAUGACAUGCUAGAGUUGCUAGGAAACUUUUGUUAAUUGUUAUAAUCUAAAUUGUAAGAUAUGGAGCUAGAAAUCCUUUUGAACAUCCCAAAAUGGUUAAUCCGUCAUUGAUUAUCUCUUACCAAAUGCAUGAUUUGAGCUUGAAUUAAAUGCAACAUUCUAUGAACUUAUGGAGUAUAA